GGGUGGCGCCGGGGCCGCGGGGCGGGCUGGGCCCGGCCCGGCCCGGCUCCCUCUGCAGGGGUCAGGCCCGGCGCGGCGCCGCGCUGCCCCGCACCGACAACCGCGCGGGCUCCGGGCGGCGCCCAUGGCUGCCCCGGGCGCCGCAGCCCGCGGCAGGGCGGCCGUCAGCUGAUCGCGGGCAGCCCGGCGGAGCCCGGUAAGGCUGCGCGGUGACGCCCCCGGGGCCGCGGGGGCUGGGCCGCCACUGCCUGGCGGCGGCGGCGGCGGCGGCGGCGCCCGCCCCGGCGCGCAGUGCAGAGCGCGGCUGCCCCGCGAUGCGUGGCGGGCGCUGAGGCGGGCGCAGGAGCGCCGCGGCCGAGCCCGGCGCCGCCGCACGCAGCCGGGGCGGCGCGGCGCGGCGCGGCGGAGCCCGCGGGGCGGCGCGGGCGGAAGAUGUUGCCGGGGUCCAUCCAGAUCUCCGGGGAGACGCUGUCGAGCGCGGAGGUGCGCGACAUCUGCGCGGGGCUGCGGGAGAACUCGGUGCGGCUGCUGUCGCUGCGCGGCUGCCGCCUCUCCGAGCGCGACUUCGGGCACGUCUGCCGCGGCGUGGCCGAGUCCCACUCCCUGGCUCAGCUCAACCUCAACCUGGGCAUCGUCUCCAACAUCAACCGCGUCAAGCAGCUGGCCGAGGCCCUGAAGACCAACCGCUCUGUCCAGUCGCUGUUCCUCCAUGGGAGUCCCCUGACGGAUGCUGGCUUGGCCCUCCUCAACCCCGCGCUCUCCAUCCAUCCCUCGCUGGUGGCUCUGGAUUUGGGAGACUGCAUGCUGGGUGACGAAGGCAUCAACCUCAUCUGUGGGCUUCUGCCGCCCGACGGGGCCAAGUCUGGAGACCAGGUAGCAGGGAUGCUCGCUGUUGCUGUGGCCUCCAGUCGAACCCUUGAAGUUCUGGACUUGGAGGGAACAGGACUUACCAACCAGUCAGCCCAGACCUUGCUGGACAUGGUAGAGAAUUAUCCCACAGCUCUACGGACGCUCAUCCUGGCAGAGAACAACAUUAGUCCUGAGCUGCAGCAGCAGAUCUCUGACCUGCUCUCAGAGGGCGAGGAAGAGGAGGAGACAGAGGCUCGUGAAGUCACAGCCAGGGAGAAGAACCCCUGGAUCUGCCAGAACAAUUCCAGCUCCCAGAUGGUUUUGAUGACAUCGGGCCUUGGUGACAGCCUCUUAGCAGAAACAGAAAUGUAGCUGGGCUACCCUGCCUGCUUCUGCCCCGAAGAGCACCAUGCAGGUGGCCUGUGCUUGUGCCACCCACGCCGAGGGAGCACAUGUGCCCCCCGCACACGUGUGCCCGCAUCCGCGAGCCCCCGGGUUCCCAUGCCGCAGGUGGGCUUGCCCUGACAGUCUUCUUGCACAUCUCACGUCCUGUUGAUGCCUCCCUCAGCUCCGUGCACCGGAGCUUGGGAGCCCGGUCCAAGUGACUCUCCACACACAUCUCUGUGUUGUCACACGCCCCAUCAGCUGCUUGUGAUUGUCCAGUCGCUGCAUGUGUAGAUCACGCUGCCGUGCCUCUUCCCCGCGUUUGGCUGUGCCCUCCCGGCCUGCAGGCUGUAUUUAUUCAGAUGUGUAUAACAGAUGUUCUUCCUAGGGCUUGUGCUGCUGUCAUGAUGAGAGUUUUAUAAAGGUCACAGAUAAGGUCACAGAUGUGGCACAGCCCACA